CAUUUUUCCAGUUGGGAGUGGUUGGCUUUUGCUUUGUCUGAGGCACAGUCAUGCAAAACCAGUCAGAGAGUGACAAUAUUUUCAGAAUAAAGUGUCAGAGUUCUGUCAGACCGGGCCAUCAGGAUGCAGCCUCAAGCGCUCAGCAGAUGGCUGGGUUACUGUCAUCGCAUUUCUUGGUGUUAACAGUCAAACUAUCUGACAAAUUCUCACAUUGUCACUUGUCACUGGAAGCAAGGAGCUAGACACUAAUUAUUAAUGUCAUCUUCUCCAAUGCGGGUGUGAAGAAUGGUUGUGUGUUAUGCAUGAGAAUUUGUUUUGUGUCGUCCAGAGGAGAAGUUGAGGCGAGGCGGUCUGUCGUUUCGAGCUUUUGAAGGAGAACUGCAUGUGUCCACCGCUCUUAUUAUUCUUUUGGGGGCAAAAAAAAAAAAAAGAGAUUACAUGAAUGGUUGAGUCUGGUUGUGUUCAAGUCUUUGCCUUCGUACAUAAUCCCUUGUAAUUCUCUUUGUGGUGGACGCUCUCAGUUGUCAUUCAUUGCUUGACGGCUGCAGGGAGCCCCGAGAAAAGUGAAAAGGAACAACACUACCAAAGACAAGAGAGCAGGAAAAGAUGUUCUCAGAAAACAAACCACUGUCACUGUCAGAAUAUGACAGAAGUGGCUGUAAGAUUUGAGUCACUUCACUUCUAUAUAAUGCAUAACACCAUAUAAUGCAAAACACAUUUGAUAAAUACUUUAAGAAUUUGUUUCGAAACAAAAAUGCAUAGCUGGAUCCACUACUCCUAUACAAUGUUGACAGCGUACUGUAGGAAAUAUCUUUACAGAUUGUGUGUAUUCAUAUUUUUUUCUUGUCCAGGAAAAUUAAUUUGCUGCAUUUUUGGCCAACCUUUGCAUUUGUGAACAGGGUACUCUGGGCUUUUAUUGUUAAAGGACAUACAACCUUCUGUGCCCCACUGCGAUUUGGAGAAUUUUUACACUUUUAUUAACUAGAUGAAAAAACAAACAACAAAACCUGUUUUUUUUUUUCCUCUUACUUUCAGGUUUGGACAAAUGCCUUCACAAUAUUUGCAUAAGUACUUGCAGCUCUUGGCAACAAAUAAUUUCCAAUAACACAUUUUUACAUUACGAUUUAUAUAGUAAAUACGUUUUUUGUAUUUUGACCUGCUUUUGCAUAGAAACACUUGUAGGCUACUUUAGGCUUUCCCCCCCACAUAGAGGGAAAACUGAACAUAUAGUCUGGAAUUUAGGUGAUAUUUUCUUCCUUUGGUUUACUUGAUGUGAUUUGGAGGCAAUCAGUGACCAUGUGCGUUUCGGGCUCUUUAUACACAGUCUGCUGCUGCUGCAGGCAGCGUGCGCUGUGGGAGGAGCUAAAGUUCAGCUUGAAAGCGACCAGCGUCUUCAGUCUGUAGUAACGGAGGCUCGUCUUCAGCUGCUCGGAUGAUGGACCUCACUUCGCGGACACACUCACGGGAUUCUACGUGCUCAAUCUUGAACGCACUUCACGGAUUUUAAAUGGUGUUACGUUCCUGUUUUGUCGACAUUUUUUUCCAACGACUGUGAAGACUUGAGCGGUGACCGAUUUUUUAAAAUUUUUUUUUUUUUUUUUUUUUUAUUGGGCUGCAGCUCGUGGAUGAAUCAAAAUUACUUCUGUUGAAUGGCCGCCGGUUGGAGCUUAGUGCUGAUCUGUCGAAGAGCACUAUGAGUAGAUGACAACAAGCAGCCUUUAAUCCAGAAAGGAUUCCUCUUCUCUGUGUGAAGAGCCUGCUAACCGUGUGUAAGGACCACUGGGAGUACAAGAAUCAAAUCAAGGACACGUUCACUCCCCCUCAGCCCGCAGGAAGAUGGGAGUGAGAAAGUAAAGCUCCGCGGAGUCAAGGGAGGCUUAAUGAAUUCCAAGGAAUUUUAAAACAAACAGUGUGCAUUUGUGUAUGUCUGUUUGAGAGGAUCAGGCAACCAUGUGGACAUUAGCUGCGACUGUCCACUGUCUUCUGGCUGCUGCGCUGCUAUUAGCUAUCUGCCUCCAAUCACUGACGGCGACUGAGGAGGAUGUCACACCUCGCAUCAGUUUCUCUUACAAUGCGAAGGAGAGGUCGGCCAAGAGAUUCUCAGUGGACGGCGUCUUCAAUUACACCUCCUUGCUGCUCAGCCAGGAGGACGACAUGCUGUACGUCGGAGCCAGGGAGGCGCUGUUUGCCCUCAGCCUCUCGGACAUCAGCAAGACCAAGCUCCAGAAGAACCUGACGUGGGGCACUCCUGCCGGAAAACGAGAGGAAUGCAGCUUCAAAGGGAAGAACCUGGAGACUGAUUGCUUCAAUUACAUCAAAAUCCUCCUGCGGCUGAACAGUACUCAUCUCUAUGUGUGUGGCACCUAUGCCUUCAGUCCUAUUUGCGCCUACAUAAACACGUCAACAUUCACACUGGAGAGAGAUGAAGUGGGCGAGGUCGUGAUGGAAGACGGGCGCAGUCGCUGCCCCUUUAAUCCAGACUAUAAAUCCACUGCCAUCAUCGUUGAUGGUGAAUUGUACACUGGUACUGUCAGCAACUUUCAAGGGAAUGAGCCAGUCAUUUACAAGAGUUUGGGUCAGGGAACUGCUCUGAAGACGGAGAACUCUUUAAAAUGGCUGCAAGAUCCAGUCUUUGUCGGGUCAGCUUACAUCGAGGAGAGUCAGCCAAUAGGAAACCCUGUGGGAGACGACGACAAGAUUUACUUCUUCUUUAGCGAGGCAGGAAAAGAAUUUGACUUCUUUGACAACACCAUUGUGUCGAGGAUUGCUCGCGUGUGUAAGGGUGAUAAAGGCGGCGAACGGGUGCUGCAGAAGAAAUGGACGACCUUCCUUAAGGCCCAGCUCCUGUGUUCCCUCCCUGAUGACGGCUUCCCCUUCAACAUCAUCCAGGACAUGUUUGUCCUGAAGCCCAUGGGAGACAGCUGGGAGAGCACCGUCUUCUACGGCGUCUUCACCUCCCAGUGGUAUAAAGGAGCGUCGGGCAGCUCAGCGGUUUGCGCUUUCACCAUGGCACAGGUGGAAAGAGCCUUCAGCGGGCGCUACCGAGAGGUCAACCGGGAGACACAGCAGUGGUACACGUACAACCACCCUGUGCCAGAACCACGGCCCGGAGCGUGUGUGACCAACCACGCCAGGCAAAUGGGUAUCCAGUCGUCCUUGCACAUGCCUGAUAAAGUGCUCAACUUUGUCAAGGAUCAUUACCUGAUGGACAGCGUGAUCCGCAGCACUCCCCUGCUGUUGAAACGCAGCGUGCGCUACACACAGAUCACCGUGCACAAGAUCCAAGGCAUGGAGAGGGCCUACGACGUGCUCUUCAUCGGAACAGAUGACGGAAAGCUCCAUAAGGCCAUCAAUGUCAACGAUAAGAUGCACAUCAUCGAGGAGAUGAUUCUGUUUCCUGAGCCUCAGCCAGUGCAACACAUCGAACUUGAUCCUCAGAGGGGUCUGUUGUUUGUGUCAUCCAACUCUGGGCUGGUGGAGGUUCCUGUGGCUAACUGCUCUAACUACCUCAGUUGUGGAGAGUGUGUGUUGUCCAGAGACCCAUACUGCGCCUGGACCGGACGUCUGUGUCGGGACGUCAGGAUGGCUCCGCCUGACAGUCACUGGCAGCAGGAUGUGGAGGAGGCCGAUACAACAGCGAUUUGUAACAGGACGUUUCCCAGCACCAGAUCUGCCAGACCAGCGGCUUCUCGUGUCUCCCAAUGCAAGCUCAUUAUAAUCCCAGUCAACACGUUCAGAGUCCUGCCUUGUAAACUGCGGUCCAACCUAGCACAGAGAAGGUGGCGUUACAGUGACAACGCCAGCCAGUUCCUCUACGCUACACCAGAGGGAAACCUGGUAGUGGUGGCGCAAGCCGACAGGACGGAGACCUACGAGUGCUGGUCAGAAGAGGAGGGUUUCCGCCAGCUGUUAGCCAACUACUGUGUGAAGGCGGAGCCACGGCAGGAAAGCACCACUCUGAUUGGCCACUCACGCACACCGCACAUUGAGCAGGAGGAGAGCAUCGUCCUGCCCGGCGAGUCUCGUUCUGAGCAGCUCCACACCAAGACGUACUGGAACGAACUGAUUGUGGUGUGCGCCCUGCUGGCGUUCUCCCUGGUGGUGUUCUCCUUGUUCGUCAUCUACAGGAACCGAGAUCAUAUGAAGUCCAUGCUGAAGCAGGGCGAGUGCCCCAACAUGCAGCAGAAGAAGCCAAGGAUUGUGGGAAAGCCCGCUGAGAGCUUGCCCCUAAACGGUAACACCAUCCCCGUAUCCACUUCUGAUCACAAGGGCUACCAAACGCUAAAUGACAACUACAUCUGCAGCACGCCCACCCACGAGUCCUCGCCGGACAACAGCAAGAGCUUCUCCGAGUCCUCCGACAGGCGGCCGCUUAACGUGAAGGAGAGCCACGUGGAAUACUCCCCAACCUGCCCUCGGCCCAGAGUGAGGCUAGGCUCAGAGAUCAAAGACUCUAUUGUUUGAGAGCACAGUAUUCGCUAAAAAGAUGCCACCCUGUAUCUCCAUGAAGGAUACAGGCCAGCGAGCAAAGGAGAGGAGACCCUGACAUCCCUCUACAUCGCAGCACAUCUUUUGUUUUCGUCAUCUUUUGUUCUGUGAUUAGUGCAGAGGUCAUUUACAUCGUUUAAUCAUUCCCACUCCGAAGCCAGAGGGUUGGUCUGGUUUGCUGCAUAGGGCAGGAAGAGGAAGCAGCGCAACACUUCGGUUUCAAACCGGGAUCAGCAACCAUGGCAGCAGCUCAGAAUAGUCAUAACAGCCUUCGUUUAAGUCAUCCUCACGGCCACUAAUGUGUGUGUGAGCGUAGGGCUGGGCAAUAUGAGGAAGAGGGAAGAAAACCCACAAUAAACAGAAGAUUCUUCCUUUAUCAAUAUUCAUCACAGUAUCUCUUUAGGAAUGCAAGAUCCAACGUUAAAAUAACCAGUUCAUUUCUAUCACAUGAUAUAAUAAAAACAAUAAAUUAUGAAUAUUGAUAGGUUUGCCAGUCCCAUUUGAGCCUGUGUAACCUUCCACAUGCUCUGCAGAAGAUGGAUGCCACAGAGGCGACACUUUUUUUUUUUUUUUUUUUUUAUAUGCACCAGAACCAAGCCAGAGUUGCAUGGUGACCUAUAGAGUUCAGGUUCAUGAAAAUCGAAUACAUGCAUUGCAUAUUCAUUAUGAUCCACACAUUAUGGAGGCAGGUCAGAAUCACGUUUGUUCCCUUUUGCUGAAUAAAUGUCAUGACUGUAUGAGGAUAAAGCUGCUGAAAGAUGAGACUGAGGAACGAGAAUUAAAAGGACUGAAGGGAAAAUUAUCAAAAGAUGUGAUCGUAAUAUGCUCCAGGACCUAAACACUGAUAUUUACCUCCUGAAUGUAUAUUGUCGUUCACACAACACUGCACCACGGACAAUUUCUGGAACCCGUUGCUCCACAUCUGUGCUCAUCUGAGACAGCCCCGUUCUUCAGUAUUAACCUGCAGGAACCAUGAUAAGGAAACAUUGUUGACUCUGUCUUUGAGCCGAAUAUGGAAAAGAGACCUCGGAUUAUGUCAAGUCAUGGUGGACAUUUACAAGCACAGAGAGGCCAA